AUGGAUCCGGAGCACCGCCGCCAGCUUCCCGGCACGAAGUGGAAACUGCGACCGCAUCAGCUCGACGACAUCCGGCGUGUGAUCGAGCAGGUCGCCACGGACAGACACCUCGGCGCCCUGCUUGCGCAUCCCAUGGGCGUUGGGAAAACCAUCACCUACCAGGCCGUGAUCGCGGAACGUCGACUGGCGUACAUCAGCCGACUGCACGCCGCAGCCCACCCGAGCUCCACCGCAACCGGGAUGGACCUCACCGCUGUGCCUGCGUGGCCGACCCUUCGGUAUCCAAUGCGCUUGCGAGACAGACGGCUUGACGGCCGGUUUCUUCGAGAGGUUCCCGAAGGCGCGACUCUUGUCGUGGCCUCAAGCUCUGUCGUACCUCAGGCGGUCAAGAAUGCUAAGGCAUACUUCCGUCGUACCGUCACCAUCCACUUGCCGUUGGGUGAGCCGAACAAGCCCGACUCCACCGAGACAUUCGAUUUCAUCAAAAUCGUCGACUGGCGAAUCGUGGCAAGUGCCAAACACGCAGAGGUCGCAGCAGCGCGGGCUGUGUGCGAAUACACUGCGGCGGCGGACUUGCCCACCAAGACGCGGAUCUCCCAGACGUACGUGGAGUGGGAGGAAGACGGCUCGAAGCUUCUCCGGAACGCCAAAGUCCACUCGACGAUGACACCUCCGGCCGUGGACGCCACCCAGCUUGUUUUGGUCGUCGGCCAACAGCGAGUGAGCGUUGACAAGAGCUGGCGCAGGCUUUGGACCGAAGUGAUUGAGCUGCCGAUACGCAACGGCCGACAGGCGAGGGUUUUGGUCGGCGGCGCAUACUUCUUCGGCCUCAUCGUGUGGGACGAAGCCCACCAGAGUUCGCGGCCUGAACACGACCACCGCAAAGGUCCUAUGGGAGAUGGUGUCGCGGCAGACGCGCCCGACCGAUGUGGUUUCAAGGACCUGGCGCUGAUGCUUUCCAUGAUCCGCGACCAGCCGGGGCAGCGGCAGGCCCUUGCUAUCCGGGCCGAUCUGGCCAACCUCGACACCAAAACGGCCAGUCUCCAGAAGGGAUCCGGUGAGCUUGUCGAGGGCAGCGAGAGUAGGUCCCUCGGCAAAGACGUCAUCGCGGAGUGUGCUAGGUUUCUAGGGGGCGACAUCAUCAAGCGGGACCCUACCAGCUUGUUUUUUGGUCAUCCGAUCAUGGAAAAGAAGGAGGUUGUUACGGAGCGGGUCGAAUGCCCCAUCGACCUCGAGUUACGGACGCCAUAA